AUGGUGAACUCAUCAAGAACAAUCCCCACAGCCGAUCUUUCUCCAUUUUUGAGAGAAGAAGGAUCAUCGGAUGAAGAUGGAAAGAAGAAAGCAAUUGAAAUAAUUGGAAAAGCUUGCUCUGAGUUUGGUUUUUUUCAGGUAGUGAACCAUGGUGUUCCAAUUCACCUUAUGCAAAAAGCACUUUUGAGAUCAACCCAGUUUUUUGGGUACCCUUUGGAUCGUAAGCUUGAAGCCAGCCCUCUCCCCGGCGCUCCUCUGCCGGCCGGCUAUGGCCGCCAGCCGGACCACUCACCUGAUAAAAAUGAAUUCUUUAUGAUGUUUCCUCCUGAUUCAACCUUCAAUGUCUUCCCCUCUAAUCCUCAAGGCUUUAGGGAAGUAGUGAAAGAGUUAUUCUCAUAUUUAGUGAAGACGGCUUCAAUACUAGAAAGCAUAAUAAACGAAUGCUUAGGGCUUCCACCAAAGCUUUUAAGUGAAUACAAUGACGACAGGAAGUGGGAUUUAAUGUCGACAUUCAGAUACCCAAAAUCAAGUGAGAGUGAAAAUGUUGGACUUAGAGAACAUAAGGAUGUGAAUUUCAUAACUUUGUUGUUCCAAGAUGAAGUUGGAGGACUUGAGGUCAAAACGGAAUAUGAUCAUCAAUGGAUCCCAAUUACUCCCAGCCAAACCACCCUUGUUGUCAACGUCGGAGAUGUCAUUCAGGUACUGAGCAACGAUAGAUAUAAGAGUGCAAGCCAUCGGGUGGUGAGGCAGGCAGGGAAAGAGCGUCACUCUUAUGCAUUUUUCUACAACAUUGGAGGAGACAAAUUGGUGCAACCAUUGCCACAUUUCACCACGGACAUUGAUCAGCCACCAAAAUACAAACCUUUUAUCUACAAGGACUACCUUCAAUUAAGAUUGAGAAACAAAACUCACCCUCCCUCUAGGCCUCAAGAUAUCAUCAACCUUUCUUAUUAUUCUACUAUACCUAAUUCCUCUUAG